ACCCAAAAAUAAAAAAUAAGACAGCAACUACAGUCUCGACAAAUUACAAUUCACGUCGUCCCCACACAGCAGCCACGGAGUAAACCGUUCCUUGUCUUAGUAGAUAAGUAGCUUUUUGCGGAAAAACAACGUCUGCCAGGAAAACAGCCGAAUCCAAGCGGGAACCGAUUAUCUGGAUUUACCAUCCGCUCGAAAAGGGAAAACAAACUACGUUUCGAAUGGACAGCUCAGUUACAACACGGAGAUGAAAUGAGAAAGAAAAAAAGUAUUCUGCUUGAAGUAGGAAUACAAUCUCACUGGCCGGAUAUUUUUGAUGUUGCUCUUACAAUUGAUUCGGGGUUAGUAGACUUAAUCGCUGAAUUUAUGGUGCAUUUCCUCAGGGACACAAUUUGUCAAUCAGUUGUCACCGUAGAAUAAUAAAAGCUCCUGUUUAGUUUAUUGAAAAAGGGUCAAGGCUGUGAGUGCCGAUGCCAACGGCAGAUUGCAGGUUGCUCCAUCAUGGUCGGAUCAUGAAGUGUUUGACUUUUUUACUCUUACUUCCAGAAACACUGAAAAAGUCUAAAAAGGCUGGGAAAAACACAGGCAGGUUACCAGUAUGCUAUGAGAUUCUAAACCUAUCCAUGAAGAAGAAGAUGGCUGCAGAACUGUACCCUGCGACCACCAACCUAACCAACAACGGUACUACGGUGACCGCCACUGACAAGAAAAGCGAUGUGCAGGUCACACAGUCAACAAACACUGCAAUAACACCGACGACCCAGCAAAACAUAAACAACAACAACGUCGAUCCUCCCAGUUGGCAGUCGUCUCAUCCCACACUACGGGAGAGGAAUGCCUUGAUGUUCAACAACGAACUAAUGGCUGAUAUCCAUUUCAUUGUUGGCUCCCCUGGUGAAUCUCAGAAAGUGCCGGCACACAAGUAUGUGCUGGCAGUGGGGAGCUCAGUCUUCUGUGCCAUGUUUUACGGGGAUCUUGCAGAGGAGUCACCUGAAAUCCAUAUCCCAGAUGUGGAACCUGCUGCUUUUCUAAUUCUGCUCAAGUACAUGUACAGUGAUGAGAUAGACCUGGAGGCAGACACUGUGCUGGCCACCCUAUAUGCUGCCAAAAAGUACAUUGUACCGGCCCUGGCCAAGGCCUGCGUCACCUUCCUAGAGACCAGCCUGGAGGCCAAAAACGCCUGUGUGCUGCUGUCCCAGAGCCGUCUGUUUGAGGAGCCCGAGCUGACACAGCGCUGCUGGGAAGUGAUUGACGCUCAGGCCGAGCUGGCCCUGCGCUCUGAGGGCUUAUCGGAGAUCGACCUGCAGACCCUGGAGAUUAUUCUCCAAAGAGAGACCCUCAACACCAAGGAGGUUGUGGUGUUUGAUGCGGUCAUGAGCUGGGCCACAGCUGAGUGUAAGAGACAAGGACUCGGGGCAACAACCCGGAACAAGCGAUCUGUGCUGGGCAAGGCACUCUACCUGGUGCGCAUCCCCACCAUGACCCUGGAGGAGUUUGCUGAUGGGGCGGCCCAGUCAGACAUCCUAACACUGGAGGAGACACAUGACGUUUUUCUGUGGUACACAGCCGCAACAAAGCCCAAACUGGAAUUCCCACUAGUGCAGAGGCAAGGCCUGGUGCCCCAGAGGUGCCACCGUUUCCAGUCAUCAGCCUACCGUAGCAACCAGUGGCGUUACCGGGGCCGUUGUGACAGCAUCCAGUUUGCAGUGGACAAGCGGAUCUUUAUUGCUGGACUGGGCCUGUAUGGGUCAAGUGGCGGAAAGGCUGAGUACAGUGUCAAGAUUGAACUGAAGCGGCAAGGAGUGACCCUGGCACAGAACCUGACUAAGUUUGUGUCGGACGGAUCAAGCAGUACAUUUUCUGUGUGGUUUGAACACCCGGUUCAGGUAGAGCAGGACGCCUUCUAUACAGUAAGCACCGUGUUAGAUGGGAACGAGCUGAGCUAUUUCGGUCAGGAGGGCAUGACGGAGGUGCAGUGUGGGAAAGUGACAUUUCAGUUCCAGUGCUCCUCGGACAGUACAAACGGGACUGGGGUGCAGGGUGGACAGAUCCCCGAGCUGGUGUUCUAUGCAUAAGCUGGACUGGUCAUAAAGGACAUCUAGAGGACACAUGGACCAUACUGUACCAUCCAUGUGAUCCAGCCAUUUAAAUAAUGUAGCAUUAAGACAAUAUGUCACACUAAACAAAAUACUAUUUUUAAGCAAAGGAAUGUUGUUUUAUCUUAUUUAUUUUAAAUACAUACUUUUAUUGUAAUUAUUUUAAUUAUUCAUGCUACGAAAAGCAGUCCCUUGUAAAAAGUUGCAUUGCACUUGUGGGCAGCUUCUGCAAUGUGUUUCUUUUGUACAUAAAGCACAGUUAAUUGGUUUGCAGCUUGAUGCUGAUCCAACCUGACCUGUAUGAGAGCUUAUGCAACUACAGAAAAGUAUAAAAGUUGAGAGAUAAGCCA